UUUUGUUGGGCUGUCAGCCAGCCACGUCGAGCGCUUGUAAAGCUGGAUCGGUUGCUUGAAUCAACCUCUUUUUCCUUCACCUUCCUUCGUUUUACUCUAAUCUACAAAGCAGAAUCGGAAAACAUUUGAAAAUGGCCCCUGUCGGAACCCUCGUUGGACCCACUGUGAACGCCCGCAACUACAAGGCUCGCGUCGUCGCCAGCUUCCUUGGCCUCGACCUCGCCACCACCCCCGAGUUCCAGAUGGGUGUUGACAACAAGACCCCCGAGUACCUGGCCAAGUACCCGGCCGGUAAGGUUCCCGCUUUCGAGGGCGCCGACGGCUUCCGCCUGACCGACUCGUCGGCUAUCGCCUACUACGUCGCGUCGAAGGCUGGCGCCGACUCGCCCCUGCUCGGCCAGACCGCCGAGGAGACCGCCGAGAUCCUGCAGUUCAUCCUGGCUGCCGAGGCUGACUUCUCGCCCGCUAUGGGCGGUGUCCUGUACCCGCUGCUCGGCUUCAUGCCGUUCGUCAAGCCCGCGCACCAGGCCGCUGAGGAGCAGAUGUUCCGCUUCCUGGGUGUGUUCAACACCAUCCUCCAGGACAAGACCUUCCUUGUUGGCGAGCGCAUCACCGUCGCUGAUGUCGUCGUGGCCUGCGACCUGAUCAUGCCGUACAAGCUGUACCUGACUGCCGCCGACCGCAAGCAGUACCGCAACCUGACCCGCUACUUCAAGACCAUCAUCAGCCAGCCUGCCUUCAAGGCCGUUGUUCCCGAUGUUGAGCUGUGCAAGGAGCGCAUCAAGCCCGCUGCCCCGGCCAAGAAGGAGAAGGCCAAGAAGGCCGAGAAGCCCAAGGCUGAGAAGCCCAAGGCCGAGAAGAAGGCCGAGAAGCCCGCUGAGGAGGCUCCCAAGCCCGCCCCCAAGCCCAAGAGCAAGCUCGACCUGCUGCCGCCGCCCAAGAUGGUGCUGGACGACUGGAAGCGCUUCUACUCGAACAACGACACCAAGCCCGAUGCCAUGAACUGGCUGUGGGAGCACUACGACGAGGAGGGCUACUCGUUCUGGAAGGUCGACUACAAGUACAACGACGAGCUGACCCAGAUCUUCAUGUCGAACAACCUGGUCGGUGGGUUCUUCAACCGUCUGGAGCGCGCCCGCAAGUACGCCUUCGGCAACCUGCUGGUUCUCGGCGAGAACGGCAACAACCAGAUCUGGGGCUACUUCAUGGUCCGCGGCCAGGAGGUGCCCGAGGAGGUCACUGACGCUGCCGACUACGAGUCGUACACCUGGACCAAGGUCGACCACAAGGACCCGAAGACCAAGGCCGAGAUCGAGGACUGCUUCGCCUGGGAGGGCCCCGCUCUGCCCCGCGAGUGCGCCGACGGCAAGACCUUCAAGUAAAUCUUACGCUAGGUCUGCAUGUUGAGUGUUCAAUGCCAACGCCGAUGAACAGUCUAUCUUGCGCCCCAUGUUACUGAUAGCGCCGGUAUAUGGCGCAGAGUGUGUGCUUCUGGCGGACGAUCGCUCAGGCUGCUGCCCGGUGGCCCCUGCGUGCAUGCUGGUCUUUUCUCUGGCUCGGAGCUGGGGGCUGGCACGCCUCUU